GUCCGGACGUCUCAUUUUACAGGGGAAGAAACAAGUGAGCGGCUUACGGUCACAACACAGAGCCCGGACGUCAAGUCUCUACACUUCUCACCACUUCCCGGUUUGCCACUAGAGGGAGGCAAGCCCCAAGACCCAGCCCCAGUUGUUCGUCUUUAUUCACCGCUGCUCUUUGAAGGAGAGAAGGCUUUUUGUUCUCCUCCACCAUCAGAGUGUAAAGGUAUUCUUCUUUCUAGCUAAGCAACACAAUGGAAAACACAUCAAAAACAAAUAAAAAGGAUAUUCAAGAUGGACCGCCAAAAGAGGUCAAAUUGCCUAUCAGUGAAGCACUUCUCGACUAUCACUGUCAAAUAAAGGAAAAUGCAGUAGAACGAUACAUGGCUCAAAUAAAGAAAAUGAGAGAAAAGAACCAAAAGUAUCAAGAAAGAAAUAAACGCUUAAAGGAUGAACAGAUUUGGCACAUAAGGAACCUACUAAAGGAACUGAGUGAGGAGAAGUCAAAGGGAUUAGCAGUUGUAACAAGAGAGGAAGUUGAAGAAGCAAUGAAGGAAAAAUGGAAGUUUGAAAGAGACCAGGAACAAAACUUGAAAGAUAUGCACAUCCAAAUAAAUAAUGCUGAGAAACUGUUUCUUGAGAAACUCAGUGAGAAAGAAUAUUGGGAGGAGUACAAGAAUGUAGGGAGUGAACAACAUGCUAAACUCAUUACCUCCUUACAGAAUGACAUCAACAGAGUUAAAGAGAAUGCUGAGAAAAUGUCAGAACAGUAUAAAAUCACCCUGGAAGAUGACAAAAAGAGAAUAAUCAGAGAAACUUUGUUGCAACUGAACCAAAAGAAGGAAUGGGCCACAGAGAAUGCUAUAAGGUUCAUUGACAAGGGCAGCUAUCGAGAGAUCUGGGAGAAUGACUGGCUCAAAAAAGAGAUCGCAAAUCACAGGAAGGAAGUGGAAGAACUGGAACAUGCUAUUCAUGAGCUGGAAGGAGAAAAUUUGGCGCUUAUUGAUCAGCUGUUCAACUGCAGACUUGUGGAUCUCAAAAUACCCAGGCGACUAUAUCUUGCUCAAGCUGUUGGACAGGAAGUGGCACAGGAAGAAAUGCCUUUGGAGUUGCCAGAAACAUAUAUAGAAAAGUCACAAUUGCAACCUGCAGAAGUAAAAAGUAGAGACUUGUUGAGCUUAGCACUUGGGAGCAGUGCUUUACAUCUUAGUCAUGAGGAUAGCAGCAGAUACAGCCAGCAGCUGAAGAUAGAUGAAGAGAGUUCAAGCAUAGAGUUUGGAGCCUCUGAUAUGAAAUACUUACUGUAUGAGGAUGAGCGGGAUUUCAAGGAUUAUGUAAACUUGGGCCCCCUGGAAGUGAAGCUCAUGACUGUGGAGAGCAAGAAAAUGCCCAUCCAUUCCCAAGAGGAGACUCCAGUCAAAUUCUAUGACGAUGUCAGGAGCCCGGAAAGCCACAUCACAUAUAAAAUGAUGAAGUCUUUUCUCUAAGACUGAAAUCUGCAAAGUAAAAACAGCUUCUUAUACAUUUCCUUUGGGAACUGAGGUAUAUCAGUCACCCAUUUUAUUUACUCUUUGGUCCAUUUUCAAAGCAGUUAUUUCUAAAGGUCAUAAUUACAUUUAAAAUCAAAGAUCUGAGUAUCCAGCUAUUCAUUUACUUGCAUGGCCUGAGUGACAAAAAUGAAAGUACACUUUAUAUUUCCAUAUUCAAGUACAGAGGAGCAUGACAGUGGGCCAAGAUGGUCUCUGAGGUUGCUUACCACUUAAAAAUUUACUGAUCAAUCUAGGAUGCCAAUAUGAAAUAGUUCAAUUAGGAAUUUUCUGAGAAAAUUUAGAGGUCUGCAUAGCACUGACUACACAUCUUUCCCUCUGAGGGUGCUGAAUGAUAGAUAGCCAGUCCACAAUUCAAGUCUACUCUCCUUUAACCUAACACUAUAAUGAAAAUCAAACAUUUUAGAAACAAAUUUGAGGGUGGUAAUUUCUUUUACAAAAAUAUUCCAUCAACAGGGAGGUCCAUCUCCCAUCAGCUAUAUCAAGUCUAAACUGCUGAGUCUCUAUCCAAGGUCAUCACUCCUUCCCUCUUAUUGGUACCACAAGCCAAGGACACUCUGACUGUGCCUGAAUUUGGCAUCAGCUUUCCAUUUUAAAGCUAGUUCUACUUAUAAAGCUUUUUACAAGAAAUGCCUUUUUUUUUCUUUCUUUUGAAACACGUUUUAAAUAUAAGGCCACAGAUAGAUUGAAAGUAAAUACACCAUGCAAACAAUAACCAGAAGGAAGCUGGUGUGACCAAACUAUUCGACAAAGUAGACUUUAAGGUAAGAAGUGUUAAGAAAAUGAAGAAAUAUAUGUCACAAUAAUAAGCAGAUUAAUUCAUCAGGAUGAUAUAACAAUUCUAAAUAAUAAUAUAAUCUCAAAAUAUAUAAAAUAAAAUUUACCAAACUAAAAAGCAAUAUGGUAAACCUUAUGUAUAUUUUACCACAAUAAAAAAAGAAAAAAGAAAACAGGCAGAAACAAAUUCACCAUUAGACUUGAAGGUCUUACCACACCUCUCUCAAUAACUGAUUAAAAAAACAAAACAAAACCCCAAUCAUUAAGGAUAUAAAAAGUUAAACAACUGUAGAUUACACAUACUUUUCAAGUGUACAUAAAAUAUUUACAAAAAUAGACUAUAUCCUGGGCCAUAAAGUAAGUGACAACAAAUAUUCAAAAAGUUGAAAUGCAUGGAACGGUUCUCUGACCACAGUAGGAAAUAACUAAAAACAACAAAAACAAAGCUGUAAUUUUCAGGUAAGCAAGAUACUUCGGAAAAGCCUAUAUGUGAAAGGAGAAAUCACAAGGAAAAAAUACUCUGAAUUAUAAUGAAAAAUAUGACAUCAAAACUUGUGGGGACCAGUUAAAGUGAUGUUUAAAGGGAAAUUUAUAGCCUUUCAUGUAUUAAAAAGAAGAAAGUUUGAAAAUUCAAUCAUCUAAGCUUUCAUCUCAGGAAUCUAAAAAAAGCAGCAAAAAUAAACCCAAAGAAAGUGGAAGAAAGGAAAUAAAGAGCAGAAAUUAAUUAAAUAGAAAGUUGACAUAUAAAAGAGAAAAUCAACAAAGUCAAAAGCUGGUUCCUUGAAGGGUUAAUUAAAAUUGAUAACCCAUAGUAAGACUAAUCAAAAAAGAGAGGAAAUAAAUGAAAAAGAGACAUCACUACAGAAUUACAGACAUUAUUAAAAGGAUAAAAGGAAAGUAAGCAGAAAAAAACUUUCCCCAUAAAUUUGACAAUUUAGAUGAAAUGGACACAUUUCUUGAAAAAUAUUUCUACAAAACAGGAGGAAACAAAAAUUCUGAUUUAGGCCUAGAUAUGUUUUUAAAAAUCCAAUCUGCAUUUAAAAAAUUUAAGAAGCCAGCUGGCUUGCUUCACUGGUGAAUUUUUCCAAACAUUUCAAAAAGAUACAAUACCAAAUAUACACAAACUCUUUCAGAGAACAGAGAAAAAAGAAACACUUCCAAAUUAUUCUAUGAGGUCAAUAUUAUUCUAAUACCCAAACCUGGCAACAUCAUUACAGGAAAAGAAAAUUAAAGGCCAGUAUUUCUCAUGAAGAUAGAUGCAAAAUCAUUCACAAAAUAUUAGCUUAUUGAAUCUAGCAAUAUUAUAAUAUAUAAUAUUUCAUGAAUAAAGAAUGCAAGGUUGGUUUAAUAUUCAGUAAUCAAAGUGGAAACAUGAAUGAGAUCAAUGGAUUAUAUCAAUAUCAAUAACCUGGUUGUGACAUUGUACUAUAAUUUUGGAAAAAAUGCUUAUUUUUAGGGAAACUGGAUAAAGAGUACAUGUGAUCUGUCUGUAUUAUUUUUGUACAACUGCAUGUGAUUCUAAAGUUAUCUCAAAAUAAAA